AUGCGCCCCACUCAGGCUAUUCUCCGCCCCCUCACUGAGCGCAUCCUCACCGGUUCCGGUGUGCGCUACGCUCGUAAUAUCAAUGCGGGCGGUAUUCAGAAGCGCAGUAUUUUGAGCUUGAAGGAUCAUGUGUACUUCUCCAAGGCUACGGCGGAAGGACCCGGUCGCCACGGCUUCGUGAAGUCGUUCGGCGACGCGCCCCUCGACCUCAAGAUGGACAUGCCAAAGACCGCGGGGGGCAAAGGCGACGGGCAGAACCCCGAGCAACUGUUCGCGAUGGGCUACGCGUCGUGCUUCCUCGGCGCGUUGCAGCUCGCCGCUGCGCGCGCGAACAAGAAGGACCUCGCCGAGAGCGCGAAAGUCACCGCCAAUGUGUUCCUGGGCCACCCUUUGGAGCCCGAUAUCGACGGGUUUGGGCUCCGUGCGGAGAUCACGGUCGAAGGAUGCCCGGACGACGCUAUCAUCGCUGAGGCGCAUGAGUUCUGCCCAUAUAGCCGCGCUCUGGAGCACGGCGCGGAGGUCACGGUCACCAAGGCCUGAGUGCCAACGUGCCACAUACCUUACACACCACUUCAUAACCCCACCUGCUCUCCACAUACGACAUAUCACGAUGCUAACGACACCUGUACAACAUGCACGCUCCCUUGCGUUUCCUCUGAGUUCCCAUUCUUAUGUAGUUCGAUCGAGUCUCUGCUUAGGUCCAGACCGGACAGCCUAUGACGACGUUUCUCUCCACCAACCUUACCUUCCCCUACCACUAACUCCGAGCACACACGGAAUC